GAACGUUUUGUAUGUAUAUACGAGGAAAAAGGCCAAAUGUAAAAUCAACUUACACGGAAAGUGGAUUUGGAUAGUAAAUCAUGUUAAAAGUUGCCCUCUCACCUUGUUACCAACAGUAAGCUGUAGCUUGUUCGUCGGCGGUUCUAACAACAGACGAGCAGCGGUCUCUUCCGUCCAUACAUAAUGAGGUUGCUAACAAUAAAGAUCUUAUCCAUCGUGAUGUUGGUGUUGGUCGCCGUGGUGAUGUUGCUGUUGCGGCUUAAUAGGACGGGUGCUACAUCGAGGGCGGAUACGUUGGCGGACACCGAUUUGAAAACAAACAUGGAUCACGCCCUCGUACUCCCCUCUUUCGGCGUCGUAAACGUUAUGGAAGAACACCAUGAAGCUUUGAUGUACUGGUUCUCGGCCGCAGCUAGUGGGGCAAUUAAGAAGCAAGGGAACGUUCUGAUUCACAUAGACGGUCACUCAGACGCCGCCCAACCAGAGUAUUGGAGGAAGAUGCCUCUCUUUCGGUUACCUACCAACCAGAGGGAGGUGAAGCUAAUGAUGGAGAGGAACGACGUCUUUAUUCAUGUCGCUGCUGCCACAGGGUUGAUCAAUCGUUUCAUCUGGGUUUGGCCCCCGUAUGACGCUGGAGGCUUCCUCCACGAAACGAACGCCCCCUACGUGUCUGUUCGACUGAAAAUCGGCGUAAUGUACAGAUAUGGGGAGACUGAUGGUGACAGAUACAUACUGGAACGCUGUGUUUGCGCAGAAUCUGACCACUUCACGAUAGACAACCCAUGUGCCUGGAUUGAUGCAGAUGUUGAAAAUGAUUCUGAGGAUUAUGUUUUUAUACCUGAGUCUAGAUGUAUGGAUAUGUCCCUAAAGGGCACGGUGGAGAUCGUGAGUACAGACAAGGCUAUAGAGCUGGCAAAAUCAGGCAGAUGGAUCACGGCGAGUGACAGCGUCAUCGUGGACAUUGACGAGGACUACUACGCAUGUGAAGCUGUGUCCGCUCCUCUGUACGAUGCCGGGAUGAGUAAGGCUCAAAUCUAUCACAUAUCAUUCAGUGUAGGGAAGCUUAUGUGUGUUGACAAUGCUCACGAUGAAAUGCUGGCUGAUAAAUUCUUUCAUGACCUGUUAAAGAUCACACUCACACAACACAAGCUCUGUGGCAGCGGGAGAGCCAAAGAUGACAGAUCAUGUUCUGACUCCCUUUCUAUGAGGAAUACAAUUAUUGAUAAACUCCACAAUGUACUGGAAAAGGCUAGGCAUGUUAUGUGCCUGCCUAACGAAUCUACCUAUUUUAUACUUGGUCGUCUACUCGACGACCUCCUUUACCUUGAUGAGCGUCAGUUGGAGGAACUUAUCACUGUUGGCGUGUGUAUGAACCAGUCCCCAAGGAGUACAGGCUUCAACCGAAAUGAUGGCAUGGUUCUAUGCCAGGGUUACAAUGGGCCUAAUACAACGCUCAUCCCAUACCACAACGUUGACGAGAAGGAGAUUGACCACACCACCAACCAUCUCAAGACUAUCCUCUCACAGUCAUUCACUCCUGGUGUGGUGACUCUCAUCCGUUCUGUACGGGAUGGUUAUACUCCGAGGAAACAUUUCCACAUUAUUGAGCCUAAAAUUCUCAAUGUUUUGAAAACCACGUUCCCAAACCAUAUAAACGACAGUAGCAUACACUAUGACUCGGAGCUGCUUGGAGGAAAAGAUGGGUGGUAUUUGAGAUACAAGAAAAUUAAGUCUUAAUUAUAUGUGUAAGUAAAUAUGCAAAUAGUGCAGGACCUUACCCAUUUAUAUGUAUAUGUCUUUAGUUUUCGUCUUAGAAAAAGAUUUUCCGUCACUGCUCCAAGAAUGUAGGAGCUUCCGGAAACAAUUUCAAAUUAAAUUUCCAGCGAACAUUCGUUUUGUGUUAAACCUGAGGCAACAUUUCUACUAUUUACUGGAACAAUUUAUAUAUUCUUCCCAGUGUCAAUGAAUGUCAAAUGGUCGGUCCCUAAGGCCUGUGGCCUAUGUCAGAUCUUUAAGAGCAGUGUAAAGAACAAUUUCUGAAACAAACAUCAAUCCAGAUCAAAUGUAUGGAUUGAUUUUCGAAGGUGCCUGAAAAAUCAUUUAAUCUGCAAUUGAUUUAAAUAAGCACAUAUAUGUAGGCAGAGACCAUAUACUAGAGGGAAUAUGGUCUUUGAUGUAGGCUACAUUACCAAAUAAAAAAUAUUAAAUUUAGAAAAUAACUGGCUGUCGUAUUGUUUUG